AUGAUAAAAACUUAUUUUUAUUCAAGCGAAUUGAUUGUGUUUUGCAAUCAGAUAAUUUCAGGUGUGGAAUAUUGUCACAAGAAUAUGGUAGCUCAUAGAGACUUAAAGUGUGAGAAUAUAAUUUUGGACUCAAAAUUCAAUAUUAAGAUUGGUGAUUUUGGCCUGAGCAAUACCAUGCAAUACGAACAAUUACUUAAGACAAGAUGUGGAAGUACUAUCUAUGCAGCUCCAGAGGUUAUCUCUGGAAAAUUAUAUGAUGGAUCCAAAGUAGAUAUUUGGAGUUGUGGUGUAAUUUUAUAUGCUCUUCUUUGUGGUUCUCUCCCUUUUGAUGAUGAAAAUAUUCCCAAACUUUACAAAAAUAUAAAGGGUGGAAUAUACAUUAUUCCUAGCUAUUUAUCAGAUGGUGCUAGUGAUUUGAUAUCAAGGCUUCUUGAGGUGGAUCCUAUGAAGAGAAUAAGCAUACAUGAAAUACACCAACACCAUUGGUUCAAAAUUUCUUUGCCACAUUCUUUGGAAGUGUCACCAACAGAUACAGUCUAA